AUGCCGGCGAAGGAAAUUGUCUUCCAUUGCGAAUAUGCGCCCAGUGGUCGCGCUCGCUGUCGGGUGUGCAACAGCUCGAUUCCAAAAGGUCAACUUCGGCUUGGCACCGGUCAGCCAUUCGCCGAGCCUUCACUGACGGAUACUGAAGACGUUAACAUAAACAGACAGAGAACGAUUGCUGCCGAAGCUCCUCGAUGGUGUCACGCGAACUGUUUCAGGAAAUUCAAGACUACGAAUCAGUGGUGGCGAACCCAUAUUGACGACGCGGAACUUUUCGUCGGCUGGAAGGAGCUGUCAAAAGCCGAUCAAAUGGAGCUGCGCCACUUCGUUGAGGCCGUGCGAAACAGCGAGAUGCCCAAGCCCUUCAGUCACAGCGAUCCGGAUGCUCCAACUGCCGACACUUUUCUAGGAGCAGAACGAGCUGAGGAAAGCGCGAAAUUUCUGGCCUCGCAAGUCUCUGGGAAAAGGAAGGGAACGAUGAGGCCGCCCAGGCAAGAUACGGAGGAUAGGACAGACGAGGAGCUACCUUGGAAGAAGAGUAACAAGAACGAGGCGAAAAGGAAGCACACAACAAAAGCGAGUGGGAAGCGGCCGACUGGAGAGCAACAAGAGAUCGAAGAGGCGCGUGGAGCGACACCAAGAAAGAGGAGGGGAGCAAUCACAUCCGUGGCUUCUGAGGCCCUACCGGUAGUCAGUCCGAAACAAAGAGGAAGCAAAGACGAAAAGACAGAACUCGAGGGAGAUCAGGGACCACUCUCGCCAGAACAACGGGACGCGAUCGCAGUGGCUGCAGAGGCAGCAUCUCAAGAGACAGUGGCGAGACUGAAAGAAAUUUUACGCCGCAAUAACCAAAAGAUCAGUGGCACUAAAGACGACCUCGUCCAGCGAGCGGCAGAAGGUGAAGUGAUGGGUGCCAUCCCAAAGUGUCCAGAAUGCAGCGAGGGGUUCCUACGGUUUGACCACAACAGUGGUGUCUACAGCUGUCCAGGGUUUAUGGAUAGUGAAGGCGACUACCACCGAUGCACAUUCAAGAGUAAAGAUAUCGUGCGCCUGCCUUGGAAGAAAUAA